AUGGGCUCUACUGGUCCAGCGCUCAUGCGCGCUCUGAACGACGUGGCCGAUGCAGCCGCUGGUCUCGUUACCGAUGUCCGCCAACAUGGUUUCGGCGUCAUCAUUGACAGAAUCCGCAAUUUCGACCCCAGCGAGAUGGACAUGCCGACCGUCAAUCUCUCCCUUAUACUGCUGCUGACCGUAAUUUUGGGCUUCACAGUCAUCAUAGUCCUGGCUCAAGUGACUCCCGACCCUCCGACUCCAGGCAUCCACAGGGAGAACCGCGCACUUGGCGAGAGCUCUGCCCCUCUGAUCAAGGAGGGCGCGCCACCGAUCCCACCGAAGACGGAAAUCGUGAGCCUGCGCGUGUAUCCCAUAAAGUCCUGCCGUGGUUUCGAGGUAGAGCACACACGAAUCCGGAAAGCUGGUCUCACGCUCGACAGGAACUGGAUGUUCGUCAGCAAAAAGGACAUGAAUUUCAUGACAAUCCGCACAGACUCCAGCAUGACACUCAUUGACACGACCAUUACCGAAGGCACGGAAAAGUACCAAGGCCAGCAAAUGCUAAAGAUUUCCAUCCACGGCACGGAAAACAGCGUGGAGGUCCCCGCUUUCCCAAGUCCAGAAUGGCUGAAGGAGAAAACGAAACUCGAAGAAGUCGAGAUCUGGGAGGAGAAGACCGAUGGCUACGUCUACGGCGAAGAAGUGAAUAAGAUCUUCACCGAUUACUUCAAAAAGGACGUGGCACUCGUGUACAAAGGUCCACAAGCCAGGAUGAUCAACGUGAACGGCAAGAAGGAUCUUUACGGCAAAGAUGUCCCGCAUCAUUUCGCCGACGUCAUGAGUCUGCAGAUUGCAAGUGAAGCGAGUAUCAAAGACCUGAACCGUCGGCUCAAGGAGAAAGAUCCGAAGAGCGAUGAACUCACCAUCGAACGAUUCCGCCCGAACAUCAUUGUGAAAGGUCGUGAUGACCAUCCUUGGGAGGAGGAUACCUGGAAACGCGUCCGGAUCCUCACCACCAUUCCAUCUGAGGAAGCUCUAUACAAGAUCGAUCUGGAUGUUGUGGCGAGGUGCGCGAGGUGCCAGGUUCCGAAUGUCAAUCCCAAUACGGCCGAGAAGCAUGUCAAGGAGCCUUGGGAGGAGCUUAUGAAGUUCCGACGGGUGGAUAAGGGGAGCGUGGCGAAGUAUAAGCCUUGUUUUGGUAUGCUUUGUGUCCCCAAGAAUGAUGGGAGGAUUGUUGUGGGUGCGAGAUUGGAGGUGCUGGAGACGACAGAUAAGCAUUUGUAUAAUACCGCUCGAUUCGAUGAGUUGUAA